CCUGUCCCGGGAGCUUUAUUCCUGAUCUGUAGCAUAACCCUGAUGCACUGAGAACACAGCAUAUUGUUACUUCGUGCCCCUUUGUUAGUCUUGUUUGACCAAGUGGGGAAAGUGGGUAGUGGAGGGCCUAGCACAGGCCGGCAUGUCAGGUCACAGUGGACCUGCAACGUACCCACUCCUGUGGCGGGCCCAGCCUGGGGGCUGCUCCGUUGAGGGCCUGGGAGGACCCCUGGUCACCCACUCCUCCAGGGUGAUGUCGGGCCGCUGCUGUCCUCUGAGAGGGCCAGUCCGUCACGUUGCCACCGCCACGCAGCAGCACCUGGUCGUGUCAGGAUUCCCAAGGUUUCGGCCAAACAGCAAGUGCCUGUCGGGCCAGGAGGCAGAGGAACAGAGGCUGAGGUGUGGUGCCAUGGGAAGGUGGGCCAGGAACACCAGUCAGACGCUCAUCCUGCCAGUCCUGCCCUUCCAGCCACAGCCCCUUCCAGUAGCUGUCAUCUUAGCCCGGCAGGUGACAACUCGGUUCAACCCGUCUGGCUGCCCCAGUGAGGCGGUAGCUUGGGGAUUCCGACGGCCCACGGAGGACUGGUGCCGUGGCCAGGGCCUGAGCUUCACUCUGUGCUCAACACCCUUCGGAAACGCGUGAUGGGCCAUGGGGAGUGCAUCGGGGUCCUGGGAGGCUGCCGCCACUGUCCCAUCAGCGCUGGUGGACAGGGGCUGCAGAGUGGAGAUGCUCCCAGGAAGGGGUGAGGCUGAGCGAGCUGCAGUGUGGGGCAGGCAGGCAGGCCCGGGGCCGCGUGCAGCCUGCAGCGGCCUCCCCAGCCCCAGCCCCUUUGGGCACCACACUGCAGUCCCUAGGUGACCAAAGCCUGCCUGGCCUGGCUGUGUGGGGGCGCUCAGCUGGGGGCCAGAGUCAGGGCUGAUGCCCUCAAGUCCCCAGCUGAGGUCUCCCCACCUACACCCCGUAUGUAUGCCUGUCCCGUGCCGGCCUUGCUCGUCCCCACGAGGCUGCUGGAGGUCAAGGUGUUAGGCACAGAGCACCCCCUGCUGGAGAAGCCUCCAGAAGCCUGCGUCUGGACCAAGGCAGACCUGAUGGUGGGUCAGCCUCGUCCAGCCCCAGGGAGACCCUUUGCUCAAACUUGCACUUUGUGGGGUGCCAGGGCCGGGCUGCUCCCAGCAGCUUUCCUCUGAAUGUCAUCAACUUCCACUUCUGUCUGCCCCGCCUUCCGGGGCCCUGGCUGGCCAAUCAGAACGCAGCCACCUGGGACCUUCCUCUGCUGGAGAAGUGGCCGGGCCCCUGGAGUGAAGAGUCAGGAGGAAGCACAGGCUUCCCGCCCGGGCUUCACCCUCCCUCGGCCGGCUGCAGGCACACCUCCCAUUGCCUCCCGAAUCGGGUGGCCCAGGCUGGCCGGCGUCCAGCGGCGACGGUGCCCCCUCAGGACCCCGAGCGAGCGGGUGUGCCUCCCAGCUGCUGCCCCAGACUGCAGCCGCUCCUGCCGCCAUGUCGGACUACGAGAAUGAGGACGAGUGCUGGAGCACCCUGGAAGGCUUCAGGGUGAAGCUCAUCUCGACCAUAGACCCCUCACGCAUCACGCCCUACCUGCGGCAGUGCAAGGUCCUGAACCCGGACGACGAGGAGCAGGUGCUCAGCGACCCCAGCCUGGUCACCCGCAAGAGGAAAGUGGGCGUGCUCCUGGACAUCCUGCAGCGGACUGGCCAUAAGGGCUACGUGGCCUUCCUCGAGAGUCUGGAGCUCUACUACCCACAGCUCUACAAGAAGGUCACGGGCAAGGAACCCGCCCGGGUCUUCUCCAUGAUCAUCGACGCGUCCGGGGAGUCGGGCCUGACGCAGCUGCUGAUGAGCGAGGUCAUGAAGCUGCAGAAGAAGGUGCAGGACCUGACGGCACUGCUGAGCUCCAAGGACGACUUCAUCAAGGAGCUGCGAGUCAAGGACAGCCUGCUGCGCAAGCACCAGGAGCGCGUGCAGCGGCUCAAGGAGGAGUGCGAGGUCUGCAGCCGCGAGCUCAAGCGCUGCAAGGACGAGAACUAUGACCUGGCUAUGCGCCUGGCCCGCCAGAGCGAGGAGAAGGGCGCUGCCCUCAUGCGCAACCGCGACCUGCAGCUGGAGGUGGACCGACUCAGGCACAGCCUCAUGAAGGCAGAGGACGACUGCAAAGUGGAACGCAAGCACACGCUGAAGCUGCGGCACGCCAUGGAGCAGCGGCCCAGCCAGGAGCUGCUGUGGGAGCUGCAGCAGGAGAAGGCCCAGCUGCAGGCCCGGGUGCAGGAGCUGGAGGCCUCGGCCCAGGAGGGGAAGCCGGACAAGAGCAGCCCCUACAUCCAGGUGCUGGAGGAGGACUGGCGGCAGGCACUGCGAGACCAGCAGGAGCAGACUAACACCAUCUUCUCCUUGCGCAAAGAUCUGCGGCGGGGCGAGGCUCUGCACGCCCGGUGCAUGGAGGAGAGGGAGAUGUUCGAACUGCAGUGCCUGUCUCUGCGGAAGGACUCCAAGAUGUACAAGGAACGUAUGGAGGCCAUCCUGCAGCAGAUGGAGGAGGUCGCUAUCGAGCGGGACCAGGCCAUCGUGUCACGGGAGGAGCUGCACACCCAGUACGCCCGGAGCCUGCAGGACAAGGAUGGGCUGCGCAAAAGGCUCCGGGAGCUGGGCGAGAAGUCGGACGAGCUGCAGCUACAGCUGUUCCAGCGCGAGGCCCAGCUGCUAGCCAUGGAGGGCAGGCUCAAGCAGCAGCAGCUGGAGACGCUUGCCCUGGUGCGCCACCCUGGGGAGCCCCCAAAUAGCCUGGGUCCUGGCCUGGCUCCGCCACUGCUCUCCGAUGGCCCCGGCAGGUCCUCAGGCCUUCCUGGUGGUGGGAGCUCCGACCUGGAGGACAGCUCACCCAGGAACUCCCAGGAGCUCUCACUGCCCCGGGACCUGGAGGAGGACACCCAGCUCUCAGACAAAGGCGGCCCGGCCGAGGAGGAGAGCCCAGAGCCGUCCUUUGAAGCGCUGCCGAAGGAUCAGCUUUCACUGACUCCCAGCGACGCUGGCCUGAGCGGCGGGGAGCCCCCCUUAAAGGAGCGGCGGCGCCUCAAGGAGAGCUUUGAGAACUACCGCAGGAAACGGGCUCUCCGGAAGAUGCAGCACGGCUCGAGACAGGGGGAGGUGGACUGGGAGAACACCACCGGCAGCGACAACACCGACACCGAGGGCUCCUAACGGCCCGUCGUGUAGGAGGGAGCUGACCCGGGAACCCCGCGCGGGCGCCGCUCCGUUAGGCCGCCUCUUUCUCGGCGCGCCCGUUUCCGCGCCGGCACACGCACUGGGACAUCAAUCGGCGUGUUCUAGCUUUUUUUAUGUAAUCCAGACGCAUACAGCAAUGUUAGAAAUGCACUUAAAUAAACGACCGCCGAGUCGGAAAGCCUC